AAGAGGCCCUUACUCAUGUGCCAAAGAAGACAUGAUUAAUUUGCUCAGAUGGACUGUUUUCCUGUGGAUCGUAAAAACCAUUCCUUUUACUUUAGGAAUGGCAGUGAAUGAGAGACUAGAUCAUUCAUGUCCACCCUUAAAACUGGAGGAGAAAUGGCAUACCAUCGUCAGCAUUCACCAAGAACAAACAGGAUUUGAUUUAGCCGAGAAAUUCCUUCUGCGAAAAGGCCCGGUGACGGACGACAGGCCGUUGUUUAAACUAGGAGGUAAACCUCUCUUCAAACCCACCGAAUCUGUGUUUCCAAAAGGACUUUCACAUGAAUUCUCAAUUAUAUCUACAUUCCGGCUCAGGAGAACCACAAAGAAAGAUCGCUGGUUUCUUCUGCAGAUCUUUGAUAAAGGUGGAGAUACACAGGUGUCAUUAAUAGUGGAUGGGGCAAAAAAAACUGUGGAGUUUUUAGCUCAGGGUUUUCUGAAGAACAGCCUCCUGUAUGUGUUCAAAAACCGAGACCUGCACGCCCUGUUUGAUCGACAGUUCCACAAGCUCAGUGUAUCCGUCGAAAGCAAUGCUGUUUCUGUCUUCGUGGACUGUAAAUUGAUAGAGCGUCAGGUGACAGCUGAGAGAGGUGCCGUGAACCUCACCGGACGCACCUUCAUCACCACUCGUGUGGAGGAUGGACGUCCAGUGGAUAUCGAGCUUCAAGAGAUUCUGAUCUUCUGUGAUGCUAGGAUAGCCGAUAUGGACAGAUGCUGUGAUUCUCCUGGAGUUUCGUGUGAACACCUGGAAAUCCACAAACCCACAGCUGCCCCAUUGGUCACAGGAUACUUCCACAGAAUUCUGUCCAUGCCAGUCUAUCAGCCCACUGAUCGAUGCCACUGUCCCUCUCUGAAGGAAUUGAAAGGGGAUCCUGGACCUCAAGGCCCACCUGGUUCCAAAGGUGAUAAAGGGGAACCUGGCCUGCCAAGUCUAGAAAAUCUUGCGGUUGAAAAGCAAGGUCAAAUAGGGGAUCAGGGUCUCCCAGGUAUUCCAGGAGAAAAGGGAGAUGCUGGCUUGCCUGGUCAGCCAGGAGCACCAGGGAAAGAGGGCAAAAUGGGUCUACCGGGAAAAUCAGGAGAUCCAGGGACUCCAGGACCACCGGGUCCACCAGGAACAUGUGAUGCUGGGGCUAUUAAGGGUGAGAAGGGUGACCUGGGUGUCACAGGAGUUGAAGGCCAGAAGGGCGAGAGAGGGGAUCCUGGUUUGCCUGGCCAGCAGGGAGCCAUCGGAAUAAAAGGGCAAAAGGGUGAAGAAGGACUCAGAGGACUGCCGGGCCCUGUUAUGACAGCAAAUGGUCUGAGACUUUCUGGACCUGUAAGUUUGCCUCUGUAG